CGCGCAGUCAUACACCAUGGAGCCACCGGCAAAGCGCAUGCGCAUCUGGCAGUCUGUCGAAGUGGACGAGGAGAAUGCCGAGUACAUCAAGGCGAAGCAGAAACAACAACAGAAAUUCAAGGGCCGACUCGAGUCGAUAUUCGAGAAAUAUGGAAACAUGCACGAAUCAAUGAGCGAUGAGAUCGACAUGACAACCAACAGAGUAGUGGUGGACAGAGGGCAUUUGCGAAGACUGAAGCGCCAGGUCGGUCGGAAGGAGACUAUGUUGUUGGACACUCUUGGCUUAGCCAUAGGGAAGGAGUCAAGACAUGAGGGUGAAGAGGAGGAUGAGGAGAAUGUAGAAGAUUCGGAAGAUGAACUGGCACCUACGCAGCCGGUGAAGUCAACAGAUAGAGAGCCUGAACUGGACGGACAGCAAACCAGGAUACCAGACGCGCAGUCCCCACGCAACGAUAACAUUCCGUCAGUUCCACAACAGUCAAAUACCCCAGCGACUUCAAUGCCGCAACUCAACACAAUGCAACCUCCCAAUACGCCAAAUCCAAAUCCGACCCCGAACCUACUACCACUUGUUCAGUUUCCACAAACUCCUGCCGGACAGCAGGCGCAGGCUACGUUCUAUAUGACUUUGACACAGGGAAUUGGUGAAGUGAUUCAGAAAGCUAUGGCUCAAUCUGGUCUUCUGCCGCCCAACUUUUCUACUCCAUUCGCAAGCGCUGCUCCACCACCGACUACGCCGAUGAUCACGACAGCCGAUAAGAUCGCACCUGCCACGGACCCAAAAUGGUUCUUCCCGCCUUUGUCUGCCGCACCAAAACAGGAUCCUGUGGCUCAAUCCAGCCCUCUCCCUACUCGUAGAGCAGCUCCGGUAGCUGAGCAAGCCGAUCAACCACUAUUAGCAGAAUCGACCCCUCUGGUCGAAGAAGCCACUCCCUCACUUUCUCGCGCAAGGUUACAGGAGAGCUCACCCACCACACAUCGCCGCACCAGUCCGCGCGUUGAGGUUCAAAGACGCGGCAUUCGUGCUACUAGAAAAUAUCAUUUUACACCAGAAGAUGACGUAUAUAUAAGUAGAAGAAAAAUGGUGGAUCACUCGUCGUGGGUUGCUAUCAAGGACAGCCAGGCGAAAUGGAAAGACUGGCCCGCAAGUGCGAUCAGCAGGCGAUGGGCUUUGAUUAAGGAUCAAAACCUGCAUCUAGAAUCGCCAGUUGUAGCUUUCUCGAGUGAUGAUGUUCGUGGCACUGACAAUGAACUGGAUGAGCAAGUAGAAGCUCCUGUAACACAGUCUCACCAUCUGCCAACUCCCAGCUCAUCCGAGCACGAAGACGACCACAGGGAAGCCGCAGAACCAGUACAAGCUUUCAAGGGAUUUUCCUCGAGCGUAUAUUAUGAUGACGACGAACGUGAACUACUGUCUCUAGCUGGUUCAGAUGCAGAAGAAGAAGAAACAGGAGAAGGAGAAGGAGAAGACCAUGAAAUCCCCUGCGACGAAGAAAUACCAGACGCCCUAUCAGAAGACAGCAUAAUACCCUCUAUAGAAACGACAACCAUGAUCGACGAAGACGACUUACAACGAGACCUACUCGAAAGCCUAGCCAUGCACGACGCCACCAUCACACCCCCACGCCAAACAUCAAUCCAGAUAAAAACCGAGCCAACAUCACCAUCCACACUCACCACGCAGCCAGAACCCGCGCUCACUCGACGCUCCGAAACGAUUCCAGACACACGCACAGCCAACAAUGACACCAAGGACUCCACAACGCACCAACCACCUACACCUACAACCACAGCCUCGCCUCUCCUCUGCCAAAUCUGCAACCGCACCUUCAAAACACCCCAAACCCUCGCUCGCCAUCUAGCAAACCCCAGGAACACACAUACACAUCCCGCACCACCACUGCCCCGCAAACGCAGCAUCUCCUUGGACCUCAUAUCAUCCACCACCAUUCCCAACAACGACAACGACAACGACGAUCUCCUCCUCCUCCUCCUUCCCCCAACCACUCCCCGCAUCAAACGCGAACCCAGCACCGACUCCCCCACCAGCUUCUUCGUCUCGGCCUUUCAAACGCCCAGACCGCCGGAAAGGAGAAAUAGUAGUGCUGCGCCGUCUGGACCCUGGUCCACGUCGACGAGUGAGCGCAGGGCCCAUGUUAAGCAGUUGAAGCAGUGUUGGAAGGGCGGGGCUGCGUCGCCUGUGGCAUCUGCGUCUAAGGACAAGGACAAGGUCAAGGGGAAAAGGAGAUGUUUGGGGGGUUUGGUGGCGGCGCGGAAGAGGGCGUGGGUUGAGGAGAGUGAGGAGAGGGAUGAGCUUUGUUUUUGA